CCAUCUCUCCAAGCUGCAACUUCAGUCACCAAGCAGGAGUUACCCAAAGUACUUGAAAAACAAGCACACAUCCAUAUACAGAGGAGUGAGAAAGUCGUAGUGCCGAGCAGUGCUAGCGAGGGGCACGGGCGUCUGCCUGUUGCUUUUGGGACCCGUGAGCGACCUUCGAGGGAGCCGGGAAAGCUAAAUCCCUCCAGCACUCGCUUGGAGGGCACUCAUCCUCUGCAAGCUCUCACCCUCUGAGCUCCCUGAGUUUUACUCCGCUUGAGAGUGGCAAGACGGGGGCUAUCGCGGGGAGCAGCGUGGGGACCCGCCCGUCUCCGUCCUUCCUCUCGGCGCUGCCGGGACGCUGCCCCCCGCGCGGGCGGAGGGGUCGGGGGCGGACCGGGCCGAGCCGUCGGCGGGGCGGGAUGGAGGGAGGGAGGGUGAGAAAGAGAGAGACGGAGGGAGGGGCUGUGCCCCGCCGCACACACCGCCCCUCGCCCGACGCAGCGGCAGCGGGGACCCGGCGGUGGAGCGGCGGUUCGCAGCGGCCGCUCGGACGGGGAGGGCGCCCGCGGACAGGCUACCUUUUUGAAAAGAUGUUUCUUCAUUUGAACUCCCUUUUUGGAUUCCCUGUUAUUCUCCUGUACCAUUGGCUGGGGACAACUUUAUCUUUGAAUCUUGAAGAUCCAAAUGUGUGUAGCCACUGGGAAAGUUAUUCAGUUACAGUGCAAGAGUCAUAUCCACAUCCUUUUGAUCAAAUUUACUACACCAGUUGUACUGACAUCCUAAACUGGUUUAAGUGCACACGACACAGAAUCAGUUACCGUACUGCCUACAGACAUGGUGAAAAGACAAUGUACAGGCGUAAAUCCCAGUGCUGCCCCGGAUUUUAUGAAAGCAGAGAAAUGUGUGUCCCUCACUGCGCUGACAAAUGUGUGCAUGGUCGUUGUAUUGCUCCAAACACCUGUCAGUGUGAGCCUGGCUGGGGAGGACCCAACUGCUCCAGUGCUUGUGACAGUGACCACUGGGGACCUCACUGCAGCAGCCGCUGUCAGUGCAAAAACGGAGCCUUGUGCAACCCCAUCACUGGAGCCUGCCACUGUGCGUCCGGUUUCAAAGGCUGGCGCUGCGAGGAGCGCUGUGACCAAGGGACGUAUGGAAAUGACUGCCAUCAGAAAUGUCAGUGCCAGAAUGGAGCCACCUGUGACCACGUGACUGGAGAGUGCAGGUGUCCUCCUGGAUACACUGGAGCCUUCUGCGAGGAUCUCUGCCCCCCGGGGAAGCAUGGGCCGCAGUGCGAGGAAAGAUGCCCCUGCCAGAAUGGAGGCAUCUGCCACCACGUGACCGGGGAGUGCGCGUGCCCACCUGGAUGGAUGGGCAUGGUCUGUGGUCAGCCUUGUCCUGAGGGUCGUUAUGGGGAAAACUGUUCCCAGGAGUGUCAGUGCCACAAUGGAGGGAUCUGUGACUCAGCGACAGGUCAAUGCCAUUGCAGCCCAGGCUACAUAGGGGAAAGAUGUCAAGAUGAGUGUCCAGUGGGCACUUAUGGAGUACAGUGUGCUGAGACGUGCCAGUGUAUGAAUGGUGGGAAAUGCUACCAUAUCAGUGGUGCUUGCCUCUGUGAUCCAGGAUACACUGGAGAGCACUGUGAAACCAGGCUUUGCCCUGAGGGAGUUUAUGGCCUCAAAUGUGACAAAAAGUGUCCCUGCCACUUGCAUAAUACUUGGAGCUGUCACCCUAUGUCUGGGGAAUGUUCCUGCAAGCCUGGCUGGUCUGGGCUCUACUGCAAUGAGACAUGUUCUCCAGGGUUCUAUGGCAAGUCUUGUCAGCAGAUCUGCAGCUGCCAAAAUGGUGCUGAUUGCGACAGCGUGACUGGAAAAUGCACCUGUGCCUCUGGGUUUAAGGGUGCUGACUGUGGUACUCCUUGUCUUCCGGGUACAUAUGGAGUAAAUUGUUCUUCUGUCUGCAACUGUAAAAACGAAGCCAUAUGUUCACCAGUAGAUGGUUCUUGUGCCUGCAAAGCAGGUUGGCAUGGUGUAGACUGUUCAAUCAAUUGUCCCAGCGGCACCUGGGGACUUGGCUGUAACUUAACUUGCCAGUGUCUUAACGGAGGGGCUUGCAAUGCUCUGGAUGGAACCUGUACCUGCGCCCCAGGCUGGAGAGGAGAAAAGUGUGAACUCCCUUGCCAGGACGGCACAUAUGGCAUGGAUUGUGCUGAACGCUGUGACUGCAGCCAUGCAGAUGGUUGUCAUCCUACCACGGGUUACUGCCGCUGUCUACCAGGAUGGUCAGGUAUACACUGUGACAGUGUGUGCGCUGAGGGACAGUGGGGACCAAAUUGCUCACUGUCUUGUUACUGCAAAAAUGGGGCAUCAUGCUCUCCAGAUGAUGGGAUCUGUGAAUGUGCACCAGGAUACCGAGGCACCACCUGUCAGAGAAUUUGUUCCCCUGGGUUUUACGGACACCGGUGCAGCCAGACAUGUCCACAGUGUGUACACAGCAGUGGCCCCUGCCACCAUAUUACUGGAUUAUGUGACUGUUUACCUGGAUUUACUGGAGCUCUGUGUAAUGAAGUGUGUCCCAGUGGCAGAUUUGGCAAGAACUGCAUUGGAAUAUGCACCUGCACCAAUAAUGGAACAUGCAACCCUAUCGACAGAUCCUGUCAGUGUUAUCCUGGGUGGAUUGGUAGUGACUGCUCUCAGCCCUGCCCACCUUCUCACUGGGGACCAAACUGCAUCCACACAUGCAACUGCCAUAAUGGAGCUUACUGCAGUGCCUACGAUGGAGAAUGCAAAUGUACCCCAGGAUGGACUGGCCUUUACUGUACACAACGAUGUCCCCUUGGAUUUUAUGGGAAGGACUGUGCACUGAUAUGCCAGUGCAAGAAUGGAGCCGACUGUGACCACAUCAGUGGGCAGUGUACCUGCCGCACAGGAUUCAUGGGGAAGCACUGUGAGCAGAAAUGCCCUCAAGGUACAUAUGGAUAUGGAUGUCGGCAGAUAUGUGACUGUCUGAACAACUCAACCUGCGACCACAUCACGGGAACGUGUUACUGUAGCCCAGGCUGGAAGGGGGCCAGGUGUGAUCAAGCUGGCGUAAUUAUAGUAGGAAACCUGAACAGUUUAAGCCGUACCAGUACCGCCAUCCCUGCUGACUCUUACCAGAUAGGGGCUAUAGCAGGCAUCAUCAUUCUUGUCCUGAUUGUGCUGUUCCUGCUAGUGCUGUUCAUCAUUUACAGACAUAAGCAAAAAGGAAAAGAAACAAACAUGCCUGCAGUGACUUACACUCCUGCAAUGAGGGUCAUCAAUGCAGAUUACACCAUUUCAGAAACCAUCCCUCAUAGUAAUGGUGGAAAUGCUAACAGUCACUAUUUCUCUAACCCCAGUUAUCAUACUCUAACACAGUGCACUACACCACCUCAUGUCAACAACAUGGACAGACUGACCCUGGCAAAGGCAAAAAACAACCAGCUAUUUGUGAACCUUAAAAAUGUGGAACCUGGGAAGCGAGGCACUGUCAUGGACUAUACUGGAACACUGCCUGCUGAUUGGAAACAUGGUGGCUACCUCAAUGAGCUUGGAGCUUUUGGACUUGACAGGGGGUAUUUGGGAAAGUCUCUGAAAGAUCUAGUUAAGAACUCGGAAUACAAUUUAAGCAAUUGCUCCUUAAGCAGCUCUGAAAACCCAUAUGCCACUAUAAAAGACCCACCAGCUCUUGUACCAAAAAGUUCAGAAUGUGGAUAUGUUGAAAUGAAGUCACCAGCGCGCAGGGACUCCCCGUAUGCUGAGAUCGCCAGCUCUGCUUCAGCCAAUAAGAACGUUUAUGAAGUUGAACCAACAGUGAGUGUUGUCCAAGGAGCAUUCAGCAGCAGUGGACGUUUCAGCCAGGAUCCUUAUGACCUUCCAAAAAACAGCCACAUUCCGUGUCACUAUGACUUGCUACCAGUUCGAGAUAGCCCCACAUCCUCUACAAAGGAGGUUGGCAGUGAAUGACUCCAAAAGCUGAAGUGUAGCACAGUGGGACUCUCACUGGGACAAGUGGCAUAGUUGUGUUCCUUCCUUAGUUUACAGUUGUAUUUGGUUCCUAAUCUGUCCAUCAGAAAAUUGCCAUACAUCAAAAAGGAAUCUCAACAUGAGGUUUGUACUGCGUAUAGAAGUGACACAUGGAUAAAUGCCACACUUGGGAGACCCUGAUUGUUCUUUUUUUGGUGGCAGUUAAUUUUAUAGAAACAAGUAUGCAAUACAUUUAUACUGUAAUAUACAGGCGUAAAAAUCUUAGUUUGUAGAUCAGUUUUGAUAACAGAUCCCACUUCAGCUACUUUAAAUAUGGACUUCAUAUUCAGUACUCCCAGGACAGUGUAAUUUACCAAAUGCUAUUUCAUACAGGUUAUUAGUUAGGUGGAACAAAAACCGUCUUGCCAAAUUUUACCUUUCAUUCUGCUCUUUAGUUAAGACAUACAUACUAAGAAACAAGAUCAGAUAAAGUAAGCAUAACACUGCAGUUAUUUGAGAAGUCCAUCAUCAGACUCUUUUGUCCAUUACUGUUGGUGGGAAUACUUUAUUUGAAUAGCUUUCAAGAUGAUAACAGCAUUGCAUACAUCAAAAUUAUAUGAUGCCUCAAGAUCACUGGGUACUCCAAACCCAGCACCAGUCCUCAACAAAUAUUUGCUACACUUCAACUCCACAUAUUGCUGUUCUGACCACUAUUUCUACCAAACACAAUUAAUAAUCCAUAACAUAUCAGUAAUUAUUUCAUAAAAUAUGUAAAUUAAAUCAGUUUAUUUUUGUCAGUGUGGACUGAGUGUGUAAGGAGUGGAAAAAGGUGAUGAUUUAUGUAAACCUGACUUGCAAAGAACGGUUUACAUUUUAUAAACAGGUAGUAAUAAUUACUGUAAAUAUAGUAGGGUAAAAACAGUAAAAUGUUGUGAUUUUUUUUUCUUAGAAAUAACUAAGCAAUCUCUGUGCAUACUUGCUAAAAGGCACCUUUUUUUAUAGUUGAUGUAUGGAAAAACAUGCUUAAGCUGGUCUUUUGCAUUGCUAAUAAUUUGACACGUACCCUCAUUCUUCAUUAACUUCUGCCUCUAUUUUUAAGCUGUAGUUUGUGUUUCUAGUGAUCUAGCUUGUAAUUCCAAAAGUAUUCUACUGUGUGUCCAUUUUUUUUUUCUUGCAUUUUUGCCAAGUGGCCUUUAUUUUGUCUGGUUAAAGAGUCCUCUGGGCAGAGGAAGAGGAUUAAAGUAAGGAUAAUGUCUUACUGAUACUCCAAGAGGCACUUAGCAAUUACAUAAUAGAUUAUGAAUUGAUUUAGUUAGAAAAAUAUCAAGAUGUUUUUGUUGGGGAUAAUUAUAAGAAUGCAGAAAAAAGUGAAAAAUCAGACUCUCUCUUCGAAGUUUAGAUUAUUCUGUUAACGAUGUGGAUGGAAACCAGGCUUCCAGAAGACUCCUUUCUCUAUGAUCUACAUAAUUCAUCAGAUUUGCCAAUGUAUCUAUCCACUGAAAGAAAACUGUUUUUUUAACGUUUUUAGGCAGUUUAAAAAUAAAAUGGUUGAUAUGGACUAGACAUUCUCAUUCAUGAAAAGAUACCUUUAGAAACCUAAAAAUCAUAUUCUCAGCUAUAGCAAUAUUAUUUCUAGGUGGUAUUAUUCUCUAGCUUGCAGUGAUGCCAUCAGCUAAUGUGCUGGCCACGUAACCCCAGCAGUCUCCUCCAUUCUCCCUCACUUCUAGCUCUGUAGCUUGUUGUAAGAAGUUUUCUCCAUGGAUUGAUGCUUCCCUUGGGGAAAGGAUGUAGGUGGUUGCAUCUUAUGACAUAUAGCGGGAAGCAUAAAGUCAUUCUAGUCUUCUUUCUGCAUUGGGGACAUAUUUUGGCACAUGAGACUUGUGAUGUGAACAGGAGUUGAUAGAUUAAAGAGUACAGAGUGUCAACUGAAAAGAAAGUCAGGUGGAUGAAAAAAAUGAAAAAAAAACAACUUUUGGAAAUAUUUUUUAAAAAGACUCCAAGAUUUGAAAUGGAAACACUAUUUCUUUUAUUCUUUUAUCUCACCAGUUCUUUUAUUUGUUGUCACUGAACACUGAAGUGUUGCAUUCAAGAUGUUGUUACAAGUGUUCUCCAGCCUGAUAAAGUAUAUGCCUGUUUGCAGUGCCCCCUAACGUUCCUGUUUCUCACUGACUGUAAGCGCUGACUGUUUUUCAGUUCCUUGCACACUGUUGGUCUUUGCCAGCACAAAGAUUAAAUGCAAGGUUUCAAAAGCCAGUCACCAUUUAAUCCCUCCAUAUUGACUGGAUUUGUGUGCAUACAGGUACAUGUAGCACUAAUGGUGCACACAUGUGUUUGUACUAUGGGAAACAUUUUAAAAUAGAACCUCUCUUCGAAGCCAUGAAUAGAAAAUGCUGUAUUUGGCAACUAUGAGCUCACAAAAAUUAAUUUUCUUACUCUGUGUAAAAUUUGGAGACCCCUAGAUAAAUUCUCAUCAUAUGAAGUUAUUUUUUUAAUAUGCAACAGUAAAUAGCUCAAUAAAUGAUUUUUAAUAUGCCUGAGAAUUUUCAGUAUGUCACAUAUCCUGAAGUGAUAUAUUGAGCCAAACAUUCAUGAGAAGAGAUGAAUUUCUGAUAAUACUGCCAUUGGUGUAUGUUUCAAAUAUACACAUAAUCAAAGACAGCUUUCUGUAUGUGGAUAUGGUGCCAGCUUAAGCUGACUGAGCUGUCUAUGCAGUGACUCUAGAUCAGGUAAAUGACUUGUGAAUUUAUUUAAUCAGAUGAUCCUCAGAAGAUGCAGAAAAGAGGACUACCUGCAAGGGCAAUACAUUUCUAGUAAAUUGUUAUCUAUAUAGCAUUCAUUUGAAAGAAAAAAAAAAAAAAACAACAAAACACAUGGAACUUAUGUUAGCAGUCCUAUCUCCUCUACAAGUGUUAGGGAGGCUUGCUCCAGAGUGCACGCUGCUGUCACUGAAAAUGAGAUUCAAACUAAAUCCUCCUGAUUGUCGUGGUCCCUUUUGCUGAUUCAGCUGUGCUCUUUAAAGAGCCCAAAUACAUUUGAACACCUACACUAUAUUCUGGUGGGAACUUAAUGAGAAAGUUCAUAUAAUAAUUUGACAAAUACUGACUACACAGAGAAUUGGCUUCACCACAGACAGGAGUGGAAAGAGAUGCAUUAUCUCUACAUGUUCACAUUGUAAGAGUGAGAAUUAUAGCACUGAAAGGUAGCUCACCUCUGCUAAUAUGGUUGUUGAAUGAAGUGCAAAAUUCUGCACAAGGAUAAUAGCUGAUUUAAAAAGUGUGUAGUGAGUAUAAACAUUAGGUUUUAAAUAGUAUAGGUGUGUUAAUUCUAGUCACUUAGAAACAUAAUAAACCUCAAUGGCUUUUUAGUUUAUCAAAGAUUUUUAGUCACAGCACACUGUUAUGCAGAAAUGUCCUCAUUUUUCUACCCAGACAAUUCUCAUUAGUUUUAAUUGGAAAUGCAUAUGCAGAUUACAGAGGAACAAAGAUUCUGUUGUACUUUCUGCUGAGACAAUCUGCAAAAUCAAGUUAAUAUCACAAUUAAAUAAAAAAUUAGAAGUGGGGAUGCAUUAUUUAAAAUACAUUGAGUUUUCAAAGUACUGUGAAUACAACCGGAUAUUUUAAUUAGGUAUUUCCAAAUUCUAAAAUUCUUACACCGAAGCUCUAAAAUCCAGACUGAAGAAUACAGAGCUAAUUUUGACAAAAAUGCUUUAUAUUAAAGAUUAUAUAUAUAUAGUAGUUAAAAUGACUGAAAACAAAUGUGUGCAUGUUUAUUAAUUGCCGUAUAGAAAAUCUUUCCAUUUUUGGUACACUUAAACUAGUGCUAGAGCACUGAACCUAACUCUUCUAUUUUCAGUUUUUUAGCCCACCGGACUUCACUUUCUGAAGACUGAAUUGUAAUAUAUUUUUAAAGAAUACCUAUUGAGUAUGUCUGGCUUCUUUUUCUUAGCUGUAACAAAAAAAAGUGUUUUGUUGUUAAAAUAUAUCUAUUUUCCAAAGAUGACUGAUGUUCAUCAUUUUGUCCUUCACUACCAUUUAUUUCACUUCACAUAUUUGUAGGUUAACAUAAUAAAGUUUAUAAUGAAAGAUGGGAAAUGGUUGAUUUUUUCCUUUUUUAAGUUAGGAUGACUCUUAAAUUGAAUGGAAAACAUAAUGUUAUCUUUGCUGGACUAUCAAGUAAUGUAGUUUAUUUUCCUUCUUAUAAAAUCAAGUCAUUUUUUAUAUGCUUUGCAGAAUGGCAAGACUGAAUUUGGAUUUUAAGCUGCUGAACUUUUUAAACUGUUCAUACAGGAGUUAGUCUUGCGAAUUGGGCAGUUGUUUCAAGCCUGUUUCUUGUAAAGCUUUACCGUUGAAAAAGCUGCAGAACUGAAGUGCCAAAAGCAAGGUGUUCUUCCUUUGCUUAGGAUAAUAACCAUGGACUGAUCAUUGCAAAGACAAAACUAAAGUACAAACAUGAGAGACAACAUACUGUCACUCUGUUUUUUGUUGUUGUUGUUGUUGUUUUUAAACUUAGACUCUGUAGGAUGAACCUAAAACACUGGUCACAGGGUGUGGUAGUGUGUUGUUUAACUAUAAGUUUGCUCAAGAAUGAGGGAUUUGACAAAAGAUUCUUUAAACUAGUUCAAUUAGGUUAUGGCUUAAAGUAGUAGCUAGCUACCAUGACACCUACUCAGAAGAUCAUGCCUCAGAUGUGCACUUACUACAUGGGUUACUCUGAUUACUUUUAGAAGUCUAACUAGCAAGAGAAAGCAAAUACUCUAGUUUACCAAGAGCCUUGAACAGACUUAGUGAACUGCCUUAAACAAGAUAACCAACAAUAAGAGAAAUGCCUCAAACAUAUUUGCAUGUGUUUUUAAAAAUGACAGAAUCUGAUAAUAGUUGUUUAAUUACCUCAUCAGCAUCUUAAAUUUCUGAUCAGAAUGAGUCUGGAAAUAGAGUGACUAAGGUAUGCUCUGUACCUGAAAAAUGAAGAUCACUUCAUUGUUCUGUUUGUCGCUGUUACGAGCCUGUGAAACAAUAAGAAGAACUAAAGCAAUUCCAAUAGCAUUAUAGUUAAAACCUCCUUCUUCCAAAGGAUUGUUGAGUGGCUUCUAGUAUCAAGAUUUGUCAUUAUUCACUUCCACAUUUUCAAGUUGAAUUGGGUUUCUGAGAACUGCUAUGUCUUUCUUUGUAUAAGAGAAGUAAAAUCUUAUUUUUGUCUUGCAAAAUGUUUGUGUAGGGAGCUACGCUGUUGAGUUUAAAAAUCUAUCAGCCUUAGUAGCUAUGUGGGUUAUUUCCAAAUACAUGUACAAAUUGAAACUAGAUAUAAUUUUUAGAUGGCUAUUAGAAGCUAGUAAAAAUGUUGUGAAUUUAGAAGUAACUUAAAAAUAUUGCUUAUAGAGCUACAUUUUAUAAAAUGUCCUGGAGAGUACAAUCCAAGGGACAUGAAGUAGCUUCUCUCGGGUGUUUUGUAUUACACAAACACACACACAAAGGGCAUUUGGUCACUGUCUGAAGUUCUGUACUAACUACUCCCAGACAACGUACAGCACUAGCUAAAUGUGUAUAUUUUUGUCUAAUUAUUCAAGGGAAAAAAAAAUCUAAAUAAAGAAAGACAUCCAUUCUGC